UGUUUUAAUAAUGGCGGUAAAUCUAUUGAUACAGUGAAAAUGUGAAAGAAAAUUUAUGUACCGGGGUAUACAUUUUAUCUACACACUGUUCAAUAAGUCUUUACCAUUGGUAACGAAAUGCUGGAUUUUCCCUAAAAAGAUUAACUAGGUCACAUUCAAUAGUGUGCGACCGUGCAAGGAAAACAGAUCGAUAGAACACUUCGUACACACAGGAUAAAAUGCCACAGUCUAAAUCAAAAAGAAGACGAAAGAAAGGCAAAUCAGGCACAACAGAAGGCAAUAUGUCUGGAGCUGUGAUGGGUGAAACUAAACCGUUAACAGACAGCCAUGAAGCGGAGGGGACACAUAGCACUUCUGGAACCUUUGACGAUGAAUAUGCCUUGUCGUCCUUUCGUGACAAGGUGACCGGAGAAAUGUCGUCGCUUGUUUCAGACACAAAAAAGGAGUUUGAUGAAAUGAUAAAACAAGCACCAAAAGGAGAUGUCCACAACAUAACAACUGAAUUUUCUCAGAUUGGGCUAAAUAACACGAUACAGAUCGCUCAUGACAGUGAGGGAGCAAGAAAAGAAAAACAGCAGAGACAGACAGAUGUAGGUCUGUUGAUAAUAAACAAUGUCCUGGAUAAAUGGAAACAGAAAAUAUCGAUGGCUGAUUUAGAUCACAGUAUCAAACAAGUGAUGGAAACUGGUCGGAGAGGAUCCUUCAAAAAUAUGUGUGGUAUCCCAUUGAAAGACUUUGUUUUAAUGUAUCAUGAUAAGUUUUCUAUUUCCAACGCAGAGGGUGAAAUGUUUAUUCAAAAGAAAAAAAGUUAUUUGAACUUUGCAGAAGUAGUAAAAGGGCAAAAAGAAAGUGAAGAAAUCGAAGGAAUGGCUCUUGAAACUACACACCCUGAAGACAAUUCAGAAUGGCAAAAUGUUAAAACAAAGAGAACCGGUUCGAGAAAAGCGACUAGUGGUUCGUAUUCGACACAUACAAUAGCGAACAAAAGCAAUACCACUGCAUCCAAUCGAAACUCCGGAAGUCCCAUGUUACCUAGUUGUAAAAAUGAACAGGAUAACUUGUAUAAACCGAUGGCUCGUGAAAAAAUUCGCAACACGUCAGAGACUGAAAUAUUAGUUACAAAACUGGUAAAUCUGGUAGAAAGAUCAGAGGGCAGCGAUUUGAAAUUUGUCGUUGGCCACGACGAAUAUGUUAAAAAUCCUUUGACGUGUCAAAAGGAUAUCAUAAGCAUGUGGAAUACUCCGCACAGAGUACGAUCUCAUAUUGUUUUGGGAGUCCAACCAAGAAAAACAGGAAAACCUGUACUAAAAGGCUGUGAUCAAACCUUUGAUACAACCUUUUAUGACAGUGGAAACCUUUUUAGAGACGGCAUAUUUAGUGUAACACCAAUCUAUGAAUACAUCUCUAUUUUCUAUCAGUCAAAAGUUUACGGAAUCAUAGAAAUCGGUUCAAGUUUCAAACAUGGACACCCCAGUAUAGUUAAACAGAGCAUAGACGAAGGAAAUGAAAAGGUUGAGGCGAACCAGCUAUGGUUUCGUGAUGGAAAGACAUCUGCUUUAUGUCAACCCAUAGAUGACCACUUUAGCAUGAUAUAUCAAUGGUUUCUUGGGAGAGGUCAAAAUGAGCACGAACAUAAUGUAACGGACAAACUCCAGUCCUCUUUUAAGUUUGACAAAGUGAUUGAUGACAAAACGGACAAGGGCAUGAGUGAAAAGGAUAUUGGCUGCACUGACUUUUCUCAAUUUUGGACGGAAGUCAGCGGGUUUAAAAAGGGACAUUUUAUAUUAUUUGCUGGAGAUGUACCCAAUAGACACAAACAUUUGGAAAAUCUUGCUCUGGUGCCAUGGAUUGCUGUGUAUGACUUUGAUGUGUUCAGUUGCACAGAGGGUUUAUUUAAUGCUCUGCAAGAUUCAUCUGAAAAACUUCGCCAAUUGCGAAUUGCAACAUGGACUGAACCUCCACUGAAUUUCUCCGAGAACAGUACGUAUUGGUGUUUCAUGAGAGGGAGACGAGAAUUUUAUGAAACAAGAACAGACGAAAAGGAUGGUACUAUCGAAAGUCCACACAGUUGGUAUAAACACGUGAAAGAAAGUAUAGUUGAAAAUUGUGAACAAAUAGCAGCAUUUGCAGAAGAUUACACUGUAUUAACUUUCUUAAUAAUGUGGCCAAUGGAGGAACAGCUAGUUCCUUUUAUGAAGAAGUUGAUUGAUAAAAUGUUUGAAACAGUUAGUCAUGAACCAAAGUUGAUUUUGUGUUUGAACGAGAAGGUACAAAAAAAUACAGAAAUCGAGUUGAAAGCGUUCGUCAAGGAGUAUAGCGAUUAUCUUCACGUGUUUGUAUUGAAUUACAGUCAACUGUGUCUUGGAAUAGGUAGCAAACUAAACAGUCCAAAAGACCAAGAGUUUGAGUACGUGUUGCCAAAAUCAGACAGCGACCAUCUUCCUGACUCCAUCAACGAAAAGGAUGUCAUGUGGUUGAAAGAAGACCUUGAAGUAUUGUACCUUCGCAGUCCCUACAUCAGUAUGUUAGAUGACAGUUCAGCCGUUGAGACUGAAGUCAAUAACUUUUACAAGGGUGGAACAUUUCGAUGGUUUGCUUGGUACGAAUUUGGGGAUUCAGGAGUUGACAUAGCGAGGGAUGUACUCAAAGAUGUAGAGGCCAAAAUAGAGAACACUAUCGGAAAACAUAGGUCUGCGGUAGUAACAAUAUUGCAUGCUCCUGGAUCUGGUGGAUCAACUCUCGCACAGAGAGUCAUGUGGAACUUUCACACAAAAUUGCCAUGUGCACAGUUGCGCGGAGGAACCCUUCUCAAAUCAAAAGACUUGACCAGAAAACUUGAGUUUAUACAUGACCAUACACAGCUGACAACUCUGCUUCUUAUCGAUGGGGAAGACGACAUGAAGGUGAAAUAUCUUAGCCAUUCAUCGAGAAACUGUGUUAUAUUACACGUAAAAAGAUUUCCAUUCAACAUGCGGGGUGUCAUGCGUCCUGAUUCUAACCAGAAAGGAAGGAGUGAUAAUAUAUUUGUUUCGGGGAUAGUUUCACUAAAGGAGGCUCGGGCACUUGCAAUCAAAUUCGGAGAUAGAUGUAAGAACGAUGAGAGACACAAGAGGCUGCAAACCCUAAAAACAGAUGUCCAAAAGAAAUCGAAACAACACUCGCUGUAUGAGUUUGGAAUGACAGUCUACAGUCAUGAAUUCAGGGGUAUAGUUUCAUAUGUUCGCGGCUAUCUGCAGUUGAGCAAUGACAAAAAUGAAGAUUUGCUCCCGUGGCAGCGCUGCGUCGGUUACCUUUCCCUGGUGUAUUACUACGGACAAAUGUCAGUGCCUUGUCAGUUAUUUGCCAGGCUUUUCGGAAAAUCGGGGAACUACAUCAUGUCUCUUGAGGAUUUUCCUUAUCCUUCUACAGAGUUCAUCGUGUACGAUACAAAUGAUAGGAAGAGGGAAACGCUGAGAAUUUGUCACUUUGAAGUGGCAAAAGAAAUUCUUGAGCAGUUACUGAUGAGGUUUGUGAAGCAGAAAGAUGCGAACAAAGAACGCCUUGGGCGAGGGGCAUGCAGUAAUCUAGCCAAUUUUUCAAAAGAAUUUAUAGAAUACUGCAGCAACAAAAAGGUGAAAGAUACCAAACUCAGUCAGAGUAUCUGCUUCAUACUGACAAAAACAUUCAUUUACCGAGAUGAAAUCGACGUUGUGAGAGAAAACGAAGAACAUACACGUAAACGACCUCAGCUGUCUCAGCUUCUUCUUGACAUUCCGAGCGGAAAACCAUUGUUUCAGGAAAGGUUGAAGAUACUCGAAAAAUUAUCUAGCUCAUUUCCUGAUGAUCCUAACUUCCACGCCCAUGUUGGACGAUUUUAUGCGUUUUGUGGGCCAGAUGAUUACGAAAAAGCAGAACAAAGAUUUGAAAAGGCAAUCGUAUUGGUGAACAAAAGAAACAAGAACUGUAAGAAUUCGGCCGAUAUAAGAGACUACUCUAAAUCAACGUUGAUGCAUGUAUACCACAUGUAUGGCGUUUUAAAGAAGAAGCAAAUCUCAUCAUUUACAGGAAAGUCACAAAACGACAGCGCCAAAAUUAUGAGUACAAAAGAACUCUUUCUUGAUAAGAUACAGGAGUUGGUAAUUGAAGCAGAAAGGGCUUGUGAUUUUUUCAUCAAAAGUCGUGAAAUGACGCCAGAAAACUGUGAACAAUUUGCAGUGGCAUACUUAGAUGAAAUAAACGUGCGAUUGCAGAUUUGUGACUACGUCGUCCGUCACUACAGAAACAGUUCUAAUGCAAAUGAAAUUAUAAAGGACUUUCUUGAAUCUGAAGCAGAUGAAGACUGCAGACAGUUCGUGGAGGAGAGCAUAUAUAGAAUAGAAUACUUACUGAUGGAGUGUUAUGGAGAGGUUGUGCUCGAUUCAGACGCACUGACAUUCUUAAGAAAGUCAGUUAAGUGGUUCAAUGCCAUUUUCAAGAUGCAAGCUUUACCAGAAGCUUCGCUAACAGGAGAUAGUGAAAUUGCCAAAAGACGACUUCUUAUUGCUACGCUGAAACUUGAUUACGGUGCUAGCGCACAAACAAGCGGUAUCGAAAAUGUUAACAACGCCGACGCCUUACACAAAAUCAUUACCCUGUAUGAAGAAAACUUUGAUGAUAUACAUCGAAACGGGGACGGUUCCAUAUCCAAAAAGGACUUGGACUAUGACUACAGAGAAUGGAUGAUGGGAAUACGCCACGAGUUAUUUCAAACACAGUACUCGUUGGUCGAAGUUCUCUCCCAUAUUCAGAAAUGGCACGGCCAUGUUCACUCUCCAAUGUCCACAUUCUACACAUUUGUUAUAAAAAGUAUUGUUGGUCUCGGCAACGGAGAGACCGAAGGCAGGACGGAAGCUCUGCUGGAUGUAAAACCACUCAAAAGUGAACUCAAUCGUAAAUCUACCUUAGUUAUUCGUCCCAGAUACCCAAGGGAGUGGCUUGGAAAUGGCGUAGGAAUUCGUGCUUUGAUACCAGGGAACAAGAAAGGUAAUGGACUGUCUUCAGACGGAAGGGAUCCAGAGAACCACCCUGACUUACAUGUGUGCAAAGGGACUAUAUGUUACCCAAACACAAAGUCAUACUAUGGACAAAUAGAAUUCGACCUCAAAGUUGAAACACUGAAAGUCCACUUUAUUCCGAAGAAAGCUGGUCUAGAAGGACCAAGAUUCGCCGGCCGAAGAGUUCAAUUUAACCUGGCAUUUUCUUUCGAAAAUGGCCAUGAAGCAUUUCAUGUAAAGUUGCUUAAGAGACACGGGUGUUCUAAAUGUAGCGCAAAGAUAGAGUUUACAAGUUCAGACUGGGAACUGCCUUGUUUGACAUGUGGUGAGCUUAUAGACAAGGACACAAUGAACGAAGUUGAAACUGAUUCUGAAUCUGGUGGGAAGGAAAGCCCUCACUGACAGCACAUUUUGCAAAUCAGUAUAAUAUUCUCCUGAAAAGGAUAAGUCUACCUCAAAAAAAGAAGUUCUAGUAAUUGAAAUCUUGAUAUAAACAUCAUAUACAUAUGAUGGGAACGUGUUAAAUGGCGGUUAUAUUUGAACAUUUUCGAAACAGGCUCCAAAUUUUGCAAUUUAAAUACGAAAUAGAAAAAUACGUGUAAAGUAUUAAACGUCUAUAUGUCGUUUUCCGAUCAUAAUUUAGGCUACAUAAUUUUUAGAAGAUAACGUGUAUCUUUCCAUCUGAAAUGUUAGUAUUAUUCUAGAAGUAGUAUCAAAAAUGUUUCAAACCAUUUUAUUCUAUCAGGAACAUUAAACAGUGAAAAAAUAACAGGAUUUUUUUUUUUGUUAAUAAAUAAAUUGCAGUUUUUUAUUAAAAUUUUGCAUUUAUAGCCCAAACGGCAAGCUUUUUGUGUUAACGUCAGUUUAUCACAUUUUGGCACAAUCUUUAUUGUCCAAAGGACAGAAAUCACAUUGUGUAUGUCCAUGUAUAUUUGCCGACAAUAGUUUUAUGAUUGUAUUAUUUGCUAAAUAUUAGGUACAAAACCCCACUUUUUAUACUUAUUUUUUUAGACAUUCUUAUAUUUUGAUAUUUGACAUACAUACUAUGUUUAGUUUACGUUUACGUUCUUCUGCAUGUUAAGCUUGCAUGUUUAUUUAAAAAAAAGAGGUCGCGGUAUUGACAUAGGCUUGGUUUUGUCGUCGGUGGCGUCGUCGUAGCAGUACGAGACUUGGCCAUAAACCUCAAAAAACGGUUCAAGAUAUUCAUAUGAAAUUUGUUACACGUGUUAGAACGGAACAUACACACAUGUAUAGCAAGGCUCGUAAUUGAGGAUUUAAUAAUUCUCAAGCUAUGCCCUUUCGACUAGAAAACGAAACAAAUUAAAACCAAACAAAAACGAACGAGCGUUGGAAAUGGCCCCUUGUCAAUCUUUUUACAUUACCACGACCUAUAAAACAGGUUUAUAGGUCCGUGACAUUAACUGAACAGACAUGUUAGUUGUACCUUUGUUAUAUAAAUGUUUAAGUAUUAUCUAUUUUCACAUUGACAAUGAUUUACAAAGAUGUGUUUAUUUUUCUGUUUGUUAUUAAAUCACAGAACUUA